UAAUAAGCAAAUAUUCAGAUCUGCUCAGUAAAAACUUUAUAUUUAAAUGAAGAAAUCAACAGACUUAUUAGUCUUUUUUGAGAAGUCAAGUGAAUUAGUUGAUUGUGUUCCAAAAAAAUAAUUAUGAAUAAAUUAGUUGUGAUUUUUGUGCUCUUAAGCCUUGCCGCUCUCUGCUUUGCAAGACCAGCUACUCAAGAUAGCAGCACAACAGUUGGAGUUCCUUACAAUGAAGAAAUUGUUGUUCAUUCAUCAUUAAAUAUCAGAAAUAAGCCACAAAAUCGUCAGAAGAGACAAUUCGGACCUUACCAUGCCAGCAAUGCUUUGGCUAAUGCUAACAGUUAUGGACAAUAUAUGGGACCACAAGGAUUUGGAGCAACAUCGGGUAUUGCUGGAGCUCAAGCUUUCAAAAAUCAAGGACCAAUGGGUGGAUUCGGAGCUUCCGCUGCAAAUACAGGCACACAAGGAUUCAACUGUGGACCCGGUGGAUGUGCAGGAUCAGCUGGUAUGAGUGGGAGUCAAACUUAUGACUUACCAGGUGGAAGACACAUUAACUUGGGAUAUGGUGGUACUUUCUCAAAUGCUGGUGGUCAACCUGCUUAUGGACAAUCUAACUCAAUCAAUUUCUCAUAAUUUAAAAUCUUGAAAUUAAUUUUGUUUUUGUUGACUUUUUUUUACAAAGAAAGUGAUAAUAAAUGUGGGCUGAAAUUGUGGCUUUUAAACAUUAUGUAACUUCUUUUUUUUGCGAUGCUGAC